CACACUGUCAUCCAAGCGGUGAUUAAAAACAAAAAAUAGUUGGGAAACCUUCCGCGAUUCUUGUGCGAAUAAGACUUGAAAAGUGCACGCCAAUAAAGUAGAGACAAACUUAAGGAACGAACGCGGCAAUUGGGAAUUCCGAAAAAACGCAGCAGAUAAAUUUACAUGGCGCACACACACUUUGACCAAAUGUGGUAGAAAUAGCAAAAAGCUAAAAAAAAAGCAGACCGUCGCGUCGCUGUUUUCGUUCGACGCCGAAUUCCAAUCAGAAAGCACACACAUUACGCACGAAGUGACAAAAAUAAUAAAACUAAACGAAUUGCAAUUUUAGUAAAAAGAACACGCGUGAAAAUUGUUAAGUGCAAGUGCAAGCCGCCAAACACACACACACACAAGCACAUCCACAAGCAGAGCCACCUUCACAGAAGUAAAGCGCCGCAAUGUCACGACGUCCGCGACCCCCACGCAUCGAAGUGGGUCCAACUGACAAUCAGCCGGCAGCAUUAGUGCCUCCACGCAAUUUGGACUCACGCGCCACCAUACAAAUUGGCGAUCAGACAUUUGACAUCGAUGCCGAUAGUUUGGAGAAGAUCUGCGAUCUAGGACGUGGUGCCUAUGGAAUUGUCGAGAAGAUGCGACACCGUCAAACGGGCACGGUGCUGGCCGUCAAACGCAUACCAAUGACGGUUAACUUUCGUGAACAGCAACGUCUCAUCAUGGAUUUAGAUAUAUCGAUGCGUUCCAGCGACUGUCCCUAUACGGUCCAUUUCUAUGGUGCAAUGUAUCGCGAAGGCGAUGUUUGGAUUUGCAUGGAGGUAAUGAACACCAGUUUGGACAAAUUCUACCCCAAGGUAUUUAAAAAUGAACUUACCAUGGAGGAACCAGUGCUCGGCAAGAUUGCUAUGAGUGUGGUCAGCGCGUUGCAUUAUCUGCAUGCUCAGCUACGUGUUAUACAUCGCGAUGUUAAGCCUUCCAAUAUAUUGAUUAAUCGCAGUGGCCAAGUUAAGAUAUGCGACUUUGGCAUCUCUGGAUAUUUGGUUGAUUCGGUGGCCAAGACUAUUGAUGCUGGCUGCAAGCCUUAUAUGGCACCAGAACGCAUUGAUCCGCAGGGCAAUCCCGCACAAUAUGAUAUACGUUCGGAUAUCUGGUCUCUAGGCAUAAGCAUGAUUGAAAUGGCCACGGGCCAGUAUCCUUAUAACAAAUGGAAGACGCCCUUUGAGCAGCUGCGUCAGGUUGUGACAGAUGAUCCGCCGCGUUUGCCCAAGGACAAGUUCUCUCCAGAGUUUGAGAGCUUUAUAGCAGUCUGCUUGCAACGGGAGUAUACGGCGAGACCAAACUAUGAGCAAUUGUUGCAACAUGAAUUCAUUGUUGAGCAUUUAAGGCGUGAUACAGAUAUCUCCAAGUUUGUUGAAAGGAUACUGGAUCUGCCCGAUGAGCAGAUGGCCCAGUAGUGUCCAACAUGCAUGCGCACAUACACAUACAUGAACUAAUAUUAUAAAUACGCAAAAACAUUGUAAACCAAACAAAAAAUAUUCUGAAAAGUCUUCUACACACAUUGUAUGCGAAUGUGUGAUCAUGUAUGUGAGUGUGCGUAUGUAUAUUUAAUGCAAACAAAUUGCCAAUUGUUAAUAUUAUGUAUUUAAGCAACAAACAA